AACAUGUAACAACCGUGUGUGUCCAAUACGAUGUGUAUAUCUGUAAAUAAAUAUAUGAAAAAUAAGAAUAGAUUGAUUUCUCGAGUGUCUAUACGCACAGAGUCCUAUAGUACUUGCUGACAUCAUCCUUUUGCUUUAGAUUCCAUGAUUUUUUUAAAUCUGUACUAUCUCCUAAUAAUCAAAACCCUCUAAUUCAAUUUCAUCAUUGAAUUUCACAACUUUUUAGUUCAAACCCACAAACCCUAAAGCAUGUUUAGCAAUGGAGGUGAGUCCCCUUCUAGGUAUGAAUUAUUGAGUAUGGUGAAGAAACAUUCAAAUUUAAUUGGAAAAACAUUAGUAGAUGAUGAUGAUGAUGCUUCUGAUGUUGAAAUGGAUCAAAGAUUUUGGCAUGAUGUCUUGGAUUUGUAUUUCAUUGGUGGGAGGGAUUCAAAGGAACAACAAGAUGAUGAUCUUUUGUUUUUUGUUCGAAAAAUGAGUACACAUGGGUAUGGUUUUAAUGAUAAUCUUGAAGGGAAUUCACCAUAUUUCGUACGCAGGUGGGCUGCUAAGUUAGAUGAGUUAGUUGGAGAGAGCUCGGUGAUUAUAGAUUGGAGGCGUUCUUUGUACUUAAACUUAAUUGCCCACACUUCGUAUAGUGUAACAGUCGCAAUUUGCAGCCAUCAAUCUCUUCAGAACCAUCAGAGUAACCAAGGAACACCAUUAUCUCCUAUAUACAAGAUUGUGAAAACUGUUUAUGCAUCACCAAGUCGUGUCAAUUUUCUCUUGGACUCAAGAAAGGAAGUUGAAACAAAACCGGCAUAUCCAGAUAUAUGUUUUGCAGUCGAUGACUUUGAUUCUACAUUUGACGCCGUGGUUUUGACCGAGACAGACCAUUGUUACUGUGUACUUUUAAAUGCGGUUGGUGGAGCAGCAUUUCCUAGUGAAAAGUCAACGCAAGAUAGUAGUUCUAGUGAAAAUAAUAAAACUAAGCUUACUUUGUUCUCGGGAUUUGUCAGUUACCAAAUGGUUCACGAUGCUUAUGACGCCGGAAAGUCUGGCUUUGGAAGCAUAUUGCCAUUUGGUAAUUCUCCACGUAAACAAGACAGAAUAUACAUGAAAGGUCCUGGAGGUCGGGGGGAAGUUGAAGUUGCAGUCUCUGGUGUUGUAGAUCAGAGCCUAGAAGAAUCGGGUCCUCACUCACCCUUACAUAUAUCACAAGGAGGAUUUAAGAUUGGUGCAAUGGUUCGGAAAGCUGCAUCUGUUGCACAAGUGGCAGCAAAAAAUGCAUAUGCAGCUGCUUCUUCCACGCGGAAUUCAGAUGGAGGGAUGGUCCCUCUUAAGUGCUGCCUUAUGUCCAUAUCUCUACCAUGGGAACAUAUUGCUUAUGAUCUACUUUUUAAGGGAGGUGCGCCUGUGAACUUGUAGGAACUGUCAUUGGUGAAGUAAAAUACCCACGUCCAUAUCUUGUCAUGAAUUUGAAAGCAGAAUGAAGAAAACAAGACUUGAGACAAGUACGAGGCUAGAAAAUGUACAUAAAUCAUGAUGGUCUUCGGAAAAAAACACAUAUGGUUAGAUGCUUUUCAUCAUAAUCUUAUCAAAGAUGGCCAAUCUCCCAAAGAUUCAAAUUAUGUUAUCCAAAGUACAAAGUACUCGAUUUACAUUUGUUAUCCAAAGUAGUUUUUGACUCUUCUCUAUCGGGCGUGUGUAGUAAUAUCAUUUGCGUGCAAGUUGUUGUAGGUUUAUAAUUUUACUGUGUAAAGACAUAUAUAGUUCUUGCAUAAAUUGUUGCAGGGCUGAUGUGAUUUGAUUUGUCCAAAUAUGGUUAUCAAAGCUUGUUAACUUCAAUUUUAUUCA